UUUAGCGUGGCGGGGUACGCUUAAACCGGAUGCCAUUAGGGAGCAAGUGGUUAAUAAGUUAUUAUAAGUUGCUCUUUGGCAGCAGAAUUCCCCCAACUUCCAACUCACUGCAAGUUAGUUACUGAACUAUCUAUCUACCUUUACUGCCGCGUGUGCUGGCAACUGCCUGCUGCUGCUGCUGCUGUUGCUGUUACUACUACUACUCUCUUUAUACAAAACACCCUCACUAUUGCUUGUUUGCUCCCUUUUGCAUAACUACUUUGAAGUACAGUUACCCUUCCAAGGCACAGAGGCGGUUAGAUAGAUAUUCUUUCACAAUCUAGCUUAGCCGCGCUGAGGUUUUUGGCUGAAACGAGCAGCCCCGCUCUCUUUUUGUUUUGUCAGCUCCCGGCCCUUGCUCGACAUUGAUAUAUUUAUGCCAUACUACAUUUUUCAAACGAGGAUAAAUCAAAUCAAAGAGUAGAAAAGGAACACUCCCGUUACAGGAACAAUGUCUGAUGACGAGGAUUACUACGACGAUGAUUUCGAUGGUGAUUGGUUCUGGGGCGAUGAAGGGGAGCGAGAGCUUGCGGACGAUCUAGCAGAAGGCACAAUGCAUUCUCCCGUCUACAUGGACCAGGGCGCUUAUGAUGCAAUUGACAGCGCGUCGGACUGGGACUACUACACGGACGAGUACUUCGAUGACGACCUGUCCGUUCUGCACGAGCACAGCCUUAAAUCAACCGCGUCAUCCCCCCCCACAGGCAUGCGGGGCGGGAAGCAGAAGAAGAACAGGAAGAACAAGAAGCGCGCCGGGAAUGAUGAUAACAUUAAUGAGGAGGAGGACACUUCCGAGUCCUUCUGCUGCAUACUCUGGCGGCCGUCCGGCUUCCUGGUUGACCAGGGUGAGCUGUAUGAGCCGGGACAUGGCGAGAAGGUGGCGCUGUUGAAGAAUUGGCGGGAGAUAUUUAAAGAUUCGCAGCCGAAAAGGGGCCAAAGGCUUCAGAAGUCUGCUUCUCCUUCUCCUCCCCGUGUCUCGCCUCCGUCGUCCACGUUCUCGAAGUCUGCCUCUGUUAGGAAACAGCCAGCUCGCCUCAGGAAGAUAACAGAGAAGCGGAAUUUGGGUGCCAGAAUUGGUGGGGUUGUUAACGCGCCUAUAUUUGAUAGCGAGGGGAAUAGUGAAGAGGGGUUGGAAUUUGCAGGAGAUGGAGAUGGUAGUGAGGAUGACGAGGACGAUGGAGGAUAUAAAACCCCGCCUCCGUCUUUUCUGCCCGCAUCCCAGCAGGAGAUUUAUGAGAAAUCACGGAAGAAGACAACGACGGUGCCAUCCCGCAGUGCCAACAACACCAAUGACAAGGGUCACAAUAGGCGCACUGGAUCACAUCUCAAAUCCGUCAUGUCCGCCUCAGCGCAGGAGGAAAUCCCAGCACUCCCUCCGGUGUUGGUAUCGCCAUCCUUGCCAACAGCGAGCUCCAAGCAACAGCGUUCCGGCCAUCUUUCCACCGCCCUCAGCACAGUAACAGCAGCGGCGACAACGACAACGACAACAAUAGCAACACAACCCACAACCUCAAUCUUGCACAACGGGAAAGAUGUAAUGGAACCCGGCACUCUGUUACAAGAUAGCUAUACCGAAACUAACAGUACCGAUAAUAUACCCCUAGCGAGAGCGGGCAGCUCGCCCCGCACUCAUCAUCGCCAAGGUCGGAAACGAAAAGCGUCUAGUCCCCCCGAUAGCGCUCACGGAGAUCAGCAGGGUGGGAAGACGAGAUCGAAGCGAGUUGCGACGAGGCGGAAGCGAGAAAAUGAAAAUGACGGUGACGGUGACGGUGACGGUGACGGUGACGGUCGUGAUAAUGGCAAAAGCAAGAAAGAGGCGCGGAUACCUAUUACCAGGGCACGACGGUCUUUGAGAGAGAAGAAGAAGUUGUAGUUUUUUUAGAGGCUUUUAGAGCAAGGGGGAUGGAUACACAUGUGAAUUGAUUGGUGGAACUAGGUUGGGACAAAUGGAUUGAGAUUCUCUUGUUUUUGUCCUUCCAUGGCGUAUGGCGGUGGAUAUGAUUUGAGUACAGCUAUUAUUCUAUUUCUGGGAGUCCCCCUUUUUUCUGUGAUGCGGAUUUCGCGAUAUACAUACGUCAGGUAAACUAUCGGCCCCUUGUUGUUUAAGUAAUCACUUAUUUGUUAUCAUCUACAACAAUGCACAAUUUAAACAUGAGAACAGAUGUGGAUCAACACAGCAACAGGCUUUUUA